ACAUUUUCAUCCUCUGAACUUCUAAUAUAUUACAAAUUAACCCCUUUACUUCUGUUUGUGAUUAACAAGCCCAAAUUUUGUUUCCUUCCUCGAAAUUGAAGCUGCAGAUGCAGAAUUGAGAAUUGUAUUAGGCCUCUCUCUCUUUCUCUCUCAACGCUGCUCUCGAGAAAACCCAGCUGUCACUGGAUCCCAAAGGACGAACCUUGUUGCAUAAUACAUCUAGAGGCUUAUUGUUCUGAGAUCUGAUGCUCUCUACUCGUUCGUUGCUUCACCGAUGAUCUUCCUGAGGAUCUCUAAGUCAUCUAUCUAAAACCGUGUUAGAAAAGCUCAUGUUUUUAGGGUUUGAGAUUUGAAUGGAACGUCUCGGGUUUUGGGGAUUGCUGAUGGGUAGUGUUGAAAAGUCAUCAGAUUCUCGAAAGUUAGUUACUUGCUCGAAGAAUCGAGACGAAGAGAGUAGUAGUAGUAGUAGUUCAGCUUCACCGUUGAAGCGUUCUUUGUCGAGGAACACGAGCCCCUCUAGGCAGAUAGUUGUCAAGACGAAGCCUCGCGGUCUAGAGGAGGAAACAGUAGCUUCGUUUGGCAAACAAGUUGUUGCUGCUGAUGUACCUAUGGAAGAGAGUAUAUGGGCGAUGCUUCCUGAGGAUCUGCUGAACGAGAUCUUAGCUAGGCUGCCGCCGUUUAUGAUAUUUCGAAUCCGUUCCGUUUGUAAAAAAUGGAACUUGAUUCUUCAGGACAACAGUUUCCUCAAGUUUCACUCUAACGUGUCCUCUCACGGACCUUGUCUCCUCACGUUUUGGAAGAACUCGCCUCAGGUUCCGCAGUGCUCGGUGUUCAGCUUGCCGUUGAAGACGUGGUACAAAGUCCCCUUCACGUUUUUGCCUUCGUGGGCGUUUUGGCUGGUUGGAUCUUCAGGUGGGCUCGUUUGCUUCUCGGGGCUCGAUGGUUUGACUUUCAGAACUUUGGUGUGCAAUCCGUUGAUGCAGAGCUGGAGGAUUCUCCCGAGUAUGCACUAUAACCAGCAGAGGCAGCUGAUUAUGGUUGUGGAUCGUUCUGAAAAGUCGUUUAAAGUCAUAGCCACAAGUGAUAUCUACGGAGAUAAGUCGCUUCCUACCGAAGUUUAUGAUUCCAAGACUAACAAAUGGUCUUUGCAUCAGAUAAUGCCUGCGGUGAACUUAUGCUCUUCAAAAAUGGCUUAUUGUGAUUCAAGAUUGUAUCUAGAAACUCUCUCGCCUCUUGGUUUGAUGAUGUACCGGCUUGACACAGGGCAAUGGGAACACAUCCCAGCUAAGUUCCCGAGAUCUCUGUUGGAUGGUUACUUAGUCGCUGGGACUCAGAAGAGAUUGUUUCUCGUGGGGAGGAUUGGUCUCUACAGUACCUUACAAAGCAUGAGGAUAUGGGAGCUUGAUCACACAAAGGUUUCUUGGGUGGAGAUAAGUAGAAUGCCGCCAAAGUACUUCCGAGCGCUUCUGAGACUUUCGGCUGAGAGGUUUGAGUGCUUUGGACAAGAUAAUUUGAUCUGCUUCACGUCGUGGAAUCAAGGGAAAGGUCUUUUGUACAAUGUGGAUAAGAAGAUUUGGUCUUGGAUCUCCGGGUGUGCUCUUCAGUCUUGUAAUAGUCAAGUGUGUUUUUAUGAGCCAAGAUUUGAUGCAUCUGGCAAUUGAACAAUAAGAAUCAUAACAACUUGGCUGCUUAGCAAAAGAAGGUCAGAGAUUUUAAGUUGAAGAGCAUUUUGCGUGUACCUACCUCCAAUGGUGAAGAAGACUUUGUCAGCGAUGAUAUGCUACACCACCAAUGAUAAACCAUUUCGAGGAGAAAAAACUGUAAGCUAAACUUGUUUCUAGCUUUAUGUAUAUUAGCAGUUACUGGAUAAGAAUACUUUCUAUAUAUCAUUGUCUCAUCCACAUGGAUUUUCCUUUUCUAAAUCUUGAAUUUAAGCUUCACUUUGCAAAUAAUAUGACUGUUCAAGAAUAACAU